CCGACUUCCUGGUGAAGUGCUGAGCAAGCCGCUGGCAGAGGAGGCCGGGCCGGCCGGCUCUCCGGGCGGGAUGCUGACCGCGCGUGGCUCGCGCGUCCCCUCCCCUCCUUCCUCUCUUUGGAUGCCCUCCUGGCUUUGUAGAUGAGGAAAUGGAGGCCCAAAGAGACUAAGUGACAUGUCCAAGGUCAUACAAAGCAUCUGAAAUCCGGAGCUGGAAAAUACCUGACGGUCAUCCAGUGUGAAGGGGGAGGCUGGGGCCUGGCCUGGGGAUGGGAGCGGCCCGCGGCGCCCCACUUGUGGCCCAGGCUCGGCCUCGAGGAGCCUUUAAUCCAUCAGGCUGGUGCCGGGCGGAGGCCGGGGGUCUCGGCUGUUCUCCGGCACCCGGAGCCCACCAAUGCCUGUCGUGUGUCCUUGCAGGGAGAGCAGCCAUGAUGAGCGGCCUGCUGAAGAGGAAGUUUGACCAGCUGGAUGACGACACCUCGGCCUCCUCCAUCUCUUCUUCCUACUCACGCUCGUGCUCUCCAACCUCAUCCUCUGAAUCCUCGGGGUGGGACUCGGACGAGGAGCUCCAGCCCGCCGCCUUCGUGCCCCGAGACCUCGUCGCCCCGUCCAUCCUCAAGAAGGCGCGGCGCUCCCCGGCGGGCCGCGUGACCUUCGCCGGCGUCACCGUCUUCUACUUCCCGAGGUGCCAGGGCUUCACCAGCGUGCCCAGCCGGGGGGGCUGCACCCUGGGCAUGGGGAGGCGGCACAGCGGCUGCUGCCACUUCAGCCUCGAAGAGUUCGCCCAAGAGCAGGCGCUUUGGCGGCACGAGAAGCUCCGCACGCGGCUGAGGGAGGAGAAGCUGGAGGCUCUCAAGUGGAAGCUGAAGGCCGGCGAGGCUCAGGAGGCGGAGGAGGCCGACGUGGAGGUGACCGAGGAGGAGCUGGACGCCGGCCCCUUCCUGCAGCCCUACUCGGCCCGCCAGCGCCGCAGGCUGCUCCGGGCCACAGGCGUGAGGCGGAUCGACCGGGAGGAGAAGCGGGAGCUCCAGGCCAUCCGGCUGUCCCGCGAGGACUGUGGCUGCAAGUGCCAGGACGUGUGCGACCCCGAGAGCUGCGCCUGCAGCGUGGCGGGGAUCAAGUGCCAG